AUGUAUCCGUAUCAGCAUUCGCCCUCUAGCGGCACCUCUUCGAGCGGACCAGGCCCGUCCACGUCGCAACAAUUUCUCGGAAACAUGGAGAAUGCUGCAAGUCGCCUCAAACGUGUUUUUGGAAAGAAACGGUCUACACGGCUAGGCGACGACGAGGGCACGCAGUCUGAAGCACCCUCACCACGAAAGUUGCUGCCUGGACCCAGAUUUUCGUCGCUCUUACCGAGAAAGGAUCCAAAGCCAGCUCUACAGUUUGCGAGUACCUUUCAGUCCAUCGGUCAACGACUGAACAAAUCCUCGUCCCCUCGGGUCGUCUCGUAUAUCGAGGAGCCAAAGGAAUCGACACCUCUGAAGCAUUCAACGCCCACCAUUGAUAUCAAGCCGUCUCCAUCUUCUCCUCUCAAGGUCCCAUCCACACCUAAGCGAGGUUCUCAUCUCGUACCUACGUCUGAAAUAUCGGCAGCCAUCGACUACAUGAUCGACUCGACUUCGAGUACCAACAGCCCAUCCUCUCCACCAAAGGCAAUUGCCCAAGCCGAACAGGUCACGCCCCGACCAACGCGAGUUGCAAGGAGUGGAAGCUUCGAGGCUGAAAACGCAUCACCCUCGAAAUCUACCAAACGGCGUUCUAUGUCUCUGAGCAUGAUCCCAGUAUUUGCUCAACCCAACGAGAUACAGCAUGUUCAAGCAAUGAGCACCCCGCCUUCAUCAUUCUCUCUCUCCUCCAAGCUGUCACCGUCCAUUUACCAACCGCAUCACCGCUCUCAUUCUGCAAUACCAACCUUUCCAGAUACUGGGUCCACCUCUUCUCUCUCUGCCGCGACACCUAUCACCUCUAACCAUGAGAGUUCAGACAUGCCAAGGGAUAAAUCCUCUUCGAGCAACCUCAAAGAUAGGCUUACGGCGUGGGCAGCCCCGUCAAAUUCCCAAAGGACGACGACACGCGGCUCAAGUCCAGGUCACUCCAAGACAAUGUCAAUGGUGGCCUCGCUAGGUCCAGCAGCGAACGCUGCUACGGGGCUUGCCGUUAGCUUUUCCAAAAAAGCUUACGAGAAAGUGAACAGUAUCUGGACCCCGACGUCCUUGCACCCUCCGCAGGAAUCAAAUCUGCAUUCUGCACAGGCUUCCGAGGCGUCUGACUCCUCACUCAGAGGAAGAAGGCUACAUGCGCAUUCACCAACUUAUGGAGGUAGUCACUCGGAUGCAGAGGGUAGCAGGAGACGAAUGAACCUGUCGGCUGUUGAGCAACCUCCAGCUCCCAACCUGGGUCCAUUACUUCGCCCUCCCUUUCGCGGCACUCCGCACAGCACAGGUGGUCUUCUAUUUGGCCGGCCGCUUGUUGAUUGCGUUAGGGAUACCAAAGCGUUGGCCGUGUUAGGCUCAGAGGCGACUAGUGGGCUCGAAGCCAGAUUUAUACCCGCUCUUGUGUUGCGUUGUGUGCAGCACAUCGAACGAUGGGGUAUUGCAGAGGAGGGCAUCUUUCGAAUAGCCGGUCGGACUUCCCACGUCAACAAAAUCCGGUCCGAGUUUGCCAAUGGUGCUGAUUACGAUCUGCAAUUAUGUGGUCCAGGAGACCUCGAUCCACACGCCGUCUCAUCGGUUCUCAAGGCUUUUAUAAGGGAAUUACCAGAGCCCAUUCUAACUCGCGAAACGUCACCUUUGUUUGAUGCAGCAUUUGAAAAGGCCAAAGAAUCGGGAUUCAUGCUCGUUGGUAUGACAUCGCCGCGGGUGAUGAAUUCCCAGAUGAUGGGCCAUCCUGGCUUCCGACGGGGCCUCCCAUCGAAUCCACGGCCCGUACAGACGGAGCCUCCGCAAUUGCAACCAAAUGACAGAGAUGCCGAACAAGAUAAAAUGCCUCACGAUGAUGCAUCAACACCAAGAGUGACCCCAGAAGAGGCGCUGCAAACACUCUUGACAGAGUUCCGUUACCUGACGAGAUCGCUUGCAAAGGAAAACCAGGACCUUUUGCUCACCAUGACGGAGCUUCUAGACAAGGUGUCAUCGCAUUCCAAUUUGACCAAGAUGCCCUUAAGCAACUUGCUUUUGGUGCUCUGUCCGUCAAUGAAUAUGAACCCAGGCGUUCUCAAAGUACUCGUGGAGCAUCACCGUACCAUUUUCUCCAUGUUCGGUGACCAGCAGCCCAAUUCGACUAGUAGCACGGGCCCAACAGACCCAAAAACCGACCAACUUCGUCAGCCAAAUGACUUGCACGACCCUGAACGUAGUCAAGAGGCCCCGAGAGGUGAUGAACCAAGGGAACUGGCACUAUCUCUUCCUUCAGAGGCUAUUACGGCUCCGAUACCUCUCAAUAAGUUGCCUGUUCGAAAACAGUCACUCAGGAAGCAUGGCCUCAACCCAUCUCACACCCACACUACCCCCUCAUCGAGCCCAUCUGCUGUAAAAGAUACAUUCCAAGCCCAAACCUCGGACGCGCCUCCCUCGGAAGCGGAUCUUUCCCACCGCGCAUCAUCCAGCCAAGCGAGCACCCUGCACGGAGAGAUGGUCCGUCCUCCACAGCCUGUCGGUCCCCGCCUUCCAAAGGUCACUCCUGGACCAAUCAAAGUCAGACGUCACUCCUCGUCAAUGUCGAGGGACUCGCCAAUUUCAUCGAACCAAGUUCUCGAAUCUCUUCCUCAACCUCCAGCUACGGCACCACCUAUUCAGAAUCACUAUCCUCAGCAACAGGUCCUAUCCAACAGGCCAAACCUUGAACUGCCAGCUCAAUCGGGGGCGCCUCAAGUGAGCGUGCCUGAUGCUUCGGCGCCAAUCGCACCCCGACAGACAGCGACAACGCAAGAGGAACCAACCACGGCUGCUCUGCUACCCAAUCCCUCGCUGGCGCCAACUGUAGAGAAUGACGUUGCCUCUAGUAUGGAGACGCGACUUCCGACAGGGCCCGCGUCACUUUCAGUGGAGACGUCUGCUUCCAACGUCGACAAGAACGCGCCACGACUUGACACGGGUGAACUACACCCUGUUAACGUUGAUAGUGCAGCUUCUUCUGCCAACACGGAGCUCAAUCUUCUUGACCAACUAGGUUCAUGGCCUGAGGUGCCAAAGACAGAUCCCGCGGUCACACAUGCGACGACGACAAAUGGUUCACCUGACCAUAGUGCUGUCAGUUCAGCGGCCAUCGUAUCUCCUUUUGACAACACAUCUAAGCCAACAGAUCACCAUGUACAGGCGAAUACGAAGGCAGGGCCAAUCGUCGUUGGUGGGGAACAGGAGAAAUUGGCCCAGUCGUCGAAAACGGCCCCCGAAGCCUCCCAUGGUCCAGGCUCCGGCCUUGCCGCUGACCAGGGGCUUACGGUCCGGCAUCAGUCCUCGAAUCUACCUCUUAAUCGUAAUGGUGUAUUGAAUGGCGGCGAGGAGAACAUUCCCGAAGCGACUGCCUCGAAGUUGCCUGUUGCAACCGCCAGGGAAGUCUCUCAAGCCGUCGAGACGAAGAAUAUGAGGCCCCUUCAGUCUCAUGCUCCCAGAUUAACCGUCAAUAGCAAGGAGAUGCUCUCAGGUGAUAGCUACUGGGCCAAGGAGCUCCAGCGGGCUAUCCAGUCGACGACGCCGGCGUCGCCAAUAGACGGAAGGCAUUCAGGAGAAUGGGCAAAUAGCGUUUUAAAUACCGCUGGACUCUAG